GACGAACUGUGUGUAGAGAGAGAGAGAGAGGAGAGAGAGCGGCGGCGAUGGCGACGGGAGGGAAGGGGCUGAACUCGACGGGGGAGUUCUUCCGGCGCCGGGACGACUGGAGGAGGCACCCGAUGGUGGGGAACCAGCUGCGCCACGCCACGCCGGGGCUCGGCAUCGCCAUCGUCGCCUUCGGGAUCUACCUCGUCGGCGAGGCCGCCUACAACCGCAUCUACCGCCCCGCCGGCGACAACCACCACUAGAUCGACCCCCGAGGUAAAGGAGCUGGAGCAAACUUUACCAAGCACCAAUGUUGAUCUUUUCCAGUUUGUGCUCAUAAGGUCUGGCAUGACCACCUUGUAAUCUGCAACCGGGGAGCCAUGCUACCGGUCCAACUAGCAUUCCUGGCACCAUGUACUUUAUAUUUAAUAUGUGAUGCUUAUACUCGGCAUUUGGAAAUGAUAUUUUUCUUACAUUUA